CUUUGACUCGGUAGAGAGGUUGCAAAAGAAGUGGAAAACGUGGAAUUUCCCCUCUCUCUGCCAAAACUCUCUCUCUCUCUCUCUAUCUCUAUGUAAUCUCGCCGCUUCCUCUCUCCUCUCUCUAACCCUAAUCUCUCUCGACAAUCGCCAUUGUUGAGAGCUCGAGCUCCUCCACGGGUCCAAAUCGCGAGGAAGAAUAGGGAGGGAUCGGAUCUCCGUGACUUGGUCGGAGAAAUUUGACGCCCCACUUCGUUUGCAUUCAUGAGUUGCAAGGGAAAAUGGCGGAUCGAGCGGAAUUGCCACCACCGCCUCUCCUAAUGCUAGACCUAGAUCGCAGGAACAAUGGGGGCGAGGAGAUCCACGGAUCUCCUCUCAUGGCGAUGGGGAAGGAUCCCGACACCCCCGACGGCGCCAACGCGAGGAUUGGGAAACCCCCGCGCUCCGUGAUCCGCCACUGCGUCAGCACCGCACGCAUCACCAGCUCCACAGAUUUGGAUUUGGAUAUCGGGAAGCUCAGCUUCACGUCUCCGACAGAAGUGCGGCCCGGAUUCUUGCCGGUGUUUCGCUCCGGGAGCUGCUCGGAGAUCGGGCCGAAGCCCUACAUGGAAGACGAGCACAUUCGUAUUGAUAAUUUGGUAGAGCAUCUCGGAGCCCCCGCGGAUUUUCCUUCUCCGGGGGCCUUCUAUGGGGUAUUUGACGGGCACGGGGGCACAGAUGCUGCGUCAUACGUUCGAAAGAACAUUCUCAAAUUUAUAAUCGAGGAUCCUUAUUUCCCAAAUUGCAUGGAGAAGGCCAUAAAGAGUGCGUUUGUGCGAACUGAUCACGCGUUUGCUGAUUCCCGUUCACUUGAUCGCUCUUCUGGGACCACAGCUCUGACGGCCGUUAUUUUCGGAAGGACAUUGUUCAUCGCCAAUGCAGGUGACUGCCGAGCAGUCUUGGGAAAGCGUGGCCGAGCCAUUGAACUUUCGAAAGAUCAUAAACCCAACUGCAAGAGUGAAAGGCUAAGAAUCGAGAAGCUCGGCGGCAUGGUCUAUGAUGGCUAUCUAAAUGGUCAGCUAUCUGUAGCUCGGGCAAUCGGCGAUUGGCACAUGAAAGGCUCCAAAGGUUCGCUCUGCCCCUUAAGUGCCGAACCUGACUUGCAGGAAACCACACUCACUGAGGAAGACGAAUUCCUUAUAAUGGGUUGUGAUGGCCUCUGGGAUGUGAUGAGUAGUCAAUGUGCUGUGACAAUGGUCAGGAAAGAUCUCAUGCUCCACAACAACCCUGAAAGGUGCUCGAAAGAGCUGGUUCGAGAAGCACUUAAUCGGAACUCUUGUGAUAAUCUCACUGUGGUAGUCAUCUGCUUCUCGCCGGAUCCGCCCCCUCGAAUUGAAAUCCCUAAAACCCGGGUGCGAAGAAGCAUUUCGUUGGAGGGACUGCAUCUCCUCAAGGGAGCUCUGGAUAGUAAUGUCUGAUGUAGUAGAACUUCUAAUUUUGGCCGUUUCUAUCGAGUUUGUUUUUUAAUUACAGCUUCUUGAAAAUUGGCUGUGCUGUUAGCCUCCUCCGCGAAAUAAAUUUAGGUCAAUUUGAGAUUGAAAUUUUGUUGAGGUCUAGGUUAUUCUUUUGUAUUUGAGAUCAAUUAUUUGUAACGAAGUGGAUGAUUUAAUUGUUUUCUUAUUUAACUCAUGAAGAGCUUUAAUUGUACUCCAGUGUAUCAGAUGAUUUGGAGCUUUAAUUGUAAGUACAGAUCUUCCAAUUUCAUGCUA